AUGAAAAAGCCCCUGAAUGCAGCUCCAAUGGGUUCACCGGUGGUUGAACAGAGCGCAAGGAAGGGAGAUCUAAUCUCUGGCAGGCUUCCCUUGGUUCACUAUCUCCGUCUCCGUCAGCCACCAAUCGUGGAAAGGAAUGGAACGGAGGCAGCAGUGUUGCCGUCAAGUGGCAGCGACGGCUGCUCCUUCUAUCCGACAACAAUCACACAGGGAGGGAAAGACUUCAAUCCUCAAUUCAUCGGAAAAGAAAGAAACACACAAACAUUCAGAAAAUGGCCGAUGACUCUUAAUCGAUCGCAAGGAAGGGCUGCAAUCGGCGGUGGGAAGUCGCUGAAAUUAUUCUCUGUAGUGGUGAUAUCAAUAUCUCCCUCGUCACCACCACUCCUACGACGUUGCUGCUCUUAUCCUUCGCCACUAAUAUCGUUAACAUUUAUCUUCCUCUUCAACUACAUAUUAGACGGGGAAGAUAUUCGAAGUCUCGCCUACAAUGACCGCAUAACUGUUCUACAUAAUGUUGUGGUUUUUUCAUAAAUGUUUUUAAGGUAAAAUUGGUUACGAAGACCAUGAUUCCAGUAGGCUCCUCAUAAUGGUUCCUCAUGCAAGGUAUUUAUGUUUUGUUUUGAUUUUUUUUAUGUGCAUGUAGUUCUAAUUUCGUUAUUUUUUGUGGAACAAAACUGGAUGCCUAGGUUUUAAUUUUGGAGAUUUUUUUUUCUGUAAUGACAAUAGUCGAUGAUGGAUUUUGGUUUUUGGAUUAAUCACAAUAAGUUAUUGGUUGUGUACUUUUCAUAUAAAUAAAAAAAAUGGAUUUUGGUUUUUGGAUUAAUCACAAGAAGUUAUUGGUUGUGUAAUUUUCAUAUAAAUCAAAAAAAAUUGUCACCACAGGUUAUUGGUUUGGAAAGAAAUGGAGUAUUCUUGAGAAAGACUUUACUGAUAUGUAUCAUAAAUUGAGUCAUUUAUUAGUUUUAUUAUAAAUAGAAAUUAAUAAUUGAUUUAUUGUUAGGAACAUACACAAUAUAGCAUCACAAAGCAAGAAAAGAACGUAUUCCACGACUUACAUAAUCGAAAUUCCACAUGUAAAAGCUAAUUAUCAUGUAUCUCUUAUUAAGACUUAAUUUCUAAAAUAUUAUGGAUUCUCAGUCACAUGAGAACCCUAUUGAUGAAUCACCCAAUUUAAAUAAUUAAUUACCUACAAUUCAUUAUACGGAAAAGAAAAGAUACCCACAAUAGUUUCUUAGGAGUUCUAUUUGCAAGUGGUUUUAUUACACAUGGAGACUAAGCAUUAUGCCUAUGCGAAAAUAUGAACCUCCAUUCAUCAUACAACUUAGCACAUUGAUUUAUUUUCUCUGAUGCCUAUUUUAGCUCAUAAAGCAAGAUUUACAGUUUUGGAAUAUGUCAAUGGUGGAGAGCUAUUCUAAAUAAUUGUAAGUUGCAACCGAUAUUUUUAAUCAUUUUUUUCUUUUGUCACAUGCAAACCAAUUAUCUCCAUUACAUUAAUGUAUUUUUAUGGUAAAAUUUAUCUUCUUCAUGUUAUGUUUGUUUAUACUUUGGUUAUAUGUAUGCCAAUCAUUGUUUACUAUUAUGGCUUGCACAACUAAAAGUGCAGCAACCUUCAUGGCUAAGGAUGUAAGAAAAUAAAAUCUGAUGUGUAAUAUUCACAACUUGAUAGUUGCAAAGAAGCAGACGCCGAUUUUAUUUUCUCAACAAUACAAAAAUGUACUUGGGUGUUUUAUUACUAUUUUUACAAUGUAAAAUGUCUUUAUUUACAACCAAUCAUUAUUUGAUAUAUGGAUGGAAGAUACUGUAUCGAUUUUCAUAAUUUUUUUUUAUUGUAUAAGACUAUGUCUCCCUUCAAAAUUUUAAGGGUAGUCAUUGAUUUCUUUAACUAAUAUUAGUCAUCGACCUAAUAAAAUCAUGGCAAUGAGCUAGAUGCAUUUGGGAGGAAUAUCAAGGUAAAAGAGAAUAAUAAUUUUAGUCACGAAGUUAAUAUGUAUUCAGUUUAAGUCCCACAAUACGAUUUUGGUCAUUAUAUUGAAUUAUCUUCAGAAUUUUGGUCAUUGGGUUGUUUAAGCUAAAUGCUCAACUAUUAAUUUUUUUAAACAACCAUUUUCCUUUGGACCAAAACAAAACAAAUGUAUGUUUGACUUUGAGAAAAGGAUAUAGAUAAUCACAAUUUCUAUCAGCUAUGGCUGGCAGAGAAGUGGACACUGCCAUUGCUUAAACUGUGUGAGAUCUGAAAAUCUUUGUCAAUAGUCAAACUCAAUACUUGUUCACGCCGCCUUUGAGUGUGAAGGCUUCCAGCUACCAGCCUUCUUCCAUCAACUCUAAGGCGCAAAUAAAUUGUUUUGUCUUUGUCUACUCUCUCCGUAUCUUCUUUAAGAUAAGCCUGUGUACAAAGAAUUUUAGUUACUUGUAUUGUUAUUUCUUAAUGCAGCAAAAUAAGCACAUCGCGAG